ACACCCACACACAAUGAACACUCAUCAGAACAGCACAUAGCAGCAACUACAUAACGUGCGUAUAUCCAAGCAAAUAAUGACGGCUGCCAUCGAUUAUUUAUCAGCCUGUCUUUUGGGAUGAUGGUGAUAAUGGUGAUGAUGAAGAAGAAGCGCUCCUGAAGCUGCAUAAAGCAUGUGACCAGUGUCAUGGAAUAUAAUGAAAGACUUGCUCGUUUUCGUCAGGGUCAUGUCAACCCGUUUGACAGGAGACAGAUCGACAGCACCACUGAGCGGAAGGAUUCUCCAAAACAUGAGGUGAGGUCGGAGAUCUUUUCCUCAGAAUCCAAAACUCAAAGUUCAGAACGAGCAGUGGAUCUGGGCUUGGCUGAAGACCAUUUCUCUCGACCUGUGGGUUCGGUUGUGGCAUCUGACGUAGAGCAGCUGAAACAGGCCAUAGCGGAGUGCAAGAGACUGAUCCUGGAGCUGCCAGAACAUUCAGGGAAACAGAAGGACACGGUUAUCAAACUGAUCCACCUUCGGCUCAAACUACAGGAAUUAAAGGACCCAGAGGAAGAUGAGCCCAACCUGCAGGUUCUAUUGGAGCAUCGCUUCUCAAAGGAAAAGAGCAAGAGUGUCAAACAGAUGUGUGACAAGUGUAGCACCAUCAUAUGGGGUCUCAUUCAGACCUGGUACACCUGCACAGGUUGUUAUUACCGUUGCCAUAGCAAGUGCAUGAAUCUUAUCAACAAACCAUGUGUGAGGUCAAAGGUCAGCCAUCAGUCCGAGUAUGAACUCAGCAUCUGUCCUGAAGUCGGUUUAGACAAACAGGACUACAGAUGUGCUGAGUGUCGGACACCCAUCUCUUUAAGGGGUGUUCCUAAUGAGGCACGGCAGUGUGAUUAUACGGGCCAGUAUUACUGCAGCAGCUGCCACUGGAAUGACACAGCCAUUAUUCCAGCUAGAGUCAUACACAACUGGGCGUUUGAGCCCCAUAAGGUACAGUAACACUGAAUCCUAGUGAGCUACCAUGUUGUCUAAUGUCUACAUAAAGGCCCCACGGUUUUUUCUCCAUUUCUGUCACCGAUGGAGUUUUGGUUCCGUGCCACUC